AUGGAGCCUGUGGCACCUCGGAGCACUGUCGCCGACGCACUGGCCUUUGAUUGGCUGGAGUGCGGCAGCGCACGACUCCGAUUGGCUGGGCCUCUCAGAGAGACGCUUGGCCACCUGCUGGAGGGACAAGGCCUCCGCGAGCUGCGCGCGAGGGGCCCUGGAGCCGUGGCUGUGGCCAAGCUGGCUGCCCCGCUUCCCCGCUCCCGCUCGCAUCCGCGGCUGGCCCGCGCCCGCGUCCACUCGCGGCUGGGCCGGUCCCGCGUGUCGCUGUCCCUGACCCCGCCGCCCGCGCCGUCCCUGCCGCACCCGCCGUUGCCCGGACUCCCGCCGGGUUUGAGCCCCGCGCCGCCGCCGCCCUCGGUGCUCGCCCUGGCCGAGCUGCCGCCGCUGCCUGCACUCCCGCUGAGGCCCGCGCCGCCGGCUCCCUGGGGCCCAGGCGCCCACGUGGCGCUGCCAGAGCUGCCGCCUGAGGCUUGCGUGCCCGCGCCACCCGCCGCCGCGCUCGCCCUGCAGGACCUGCCGCGGCUCCCCGCGCCCGCGCCCCUGCCGGCGCACCUGCCACUGCCGCCGCUGCCAGAGGCCGCGGCCGCCGCCACUCCCGGUCCUGUGGGCGCGCGCGGCCGCCCGCCCCUCAUCGCCGAGCCGCCCCCGCAGCCGCUGCCGCCGCUGCCUUCACGGCCCUCGCCCUUCAACCUGCUGGCGCCCCCCGUGCCUCGAGACUCCUGGCCACUGCCCGCCUUACCCCCGCCGCUGCCGCCGCCGCCCCCGCCGUCCUACUUCUUCCUGUCGCCUCCCUGCUGAAGACCCGGACCUCCCCGCCCAGGAGGGAGUGCGGGCGGGCGGAUUCUUUACCAGCUGAGUCACAAGGGAAGCCUCGGUGACGAACGAGAAAAAUAGACUGACUUUUCCCUGAGCUGAAUGGUGGCCCAGUCCCCAUGGCUGCCAGCUCACUGCUUCCUCUACCGUCUUUGUGUCCUAUGGCCCUCCUGCCCUCUGAGCCAAGACUCAGACAGCAAACAAGGACAAGACAACGUGGGCUCCUAAAGAAGACAACAUUCUCAGAGCUUCAGAUGGAUAACUGCUGCUGGUGGAAAGCUGACAU